AUGACCGAUCUUACCGCACAAGCCAUAAAUCAGACCGCCGCCGAAAGUAUUCUUUUCUCUCCAGAUUUACAUUCUAGUCGUGUGAGUUCAUCCUCCUCAGACAGCGCUUCGGGGAAACGUUCCAAAAAGUCACACAUACGUGACAUUGAUAAAAAGAUUCGCGAGGCACGUAAGAAAGAGGAAAGCGAAAGGCGAGCACAAGAACAGCGGGAAAGGUAGGGACAAUAUCAUGUGUGGAACACCUGUUGUCAACCAUAUAAUUUCGACUUGCUCUGAUUAAACCUCGUACUAAAGCAUACCGGUGUGCUUCGCAAAUGAAAUGGCCAUUUCAUUUGCGAAUAGGCCGUAUUCUUUCCCCUUUAUUUUCCGUCUCCGGCAUUGCCAGUAACACCGAGCAUAAUAAUAAUUUCUGGUGCCUGUGGGCUGUUGUCUUUGCCACCAUGCCUACAAACCACGUCUUCAUAUUUGGUUCAUGCACUACCUCUCCCCGAGUUUCGUGGAUUGGCCUAUCAGUGCUCCUCCAGAGUCUUUCAAGUGCUACAUGUCCAAUAUAAGCUUCGUGAUCUGUUAUGUCCACAACUAUAGUCUCAUUCUAUCAUGUUUCUGUGUACUUGCCUUGGGUGAAUAACCGAAACUGUGCCACUUCCCCUCCAAGUCUGGUGUAAAACCCAUUUUUAUACGUCUCCAGCUAUUUGAGGCCUUGAAAAAGAAAAUUAAUAGGCUCGAACAUUCCUUAAAUUGCUCUUAGGAGAAGUUGACUUUGAUCCGAGUGUAUUUUCGCACUGUUUUCUGAUUAUUAAUCACGUAGACGCUUAGAUAAAGGCUUUGUUUUAUCUUUUUCUAGAUUGUCCUCGUACUGAAGUUAAGCAUCAUACACAGUUCUCUGUUUAUUCUAAGUUGUCGCCUUUCUCAACGCGACCUUAAGGCCUCGUACUUUCGCCAUUUUCACCCUCGUAGGAUUGAAUUUUGCGGAACCGGAACUGAAACUGUCGGAGUUCUGAGUGAGCCCAUUUUAAUUGAAGAAUUACCUUUUGUUCCGCUCGCAAAAAUGAACUUUAUCUUAGCAGGCAAGUUUCAGCCUCUAACAGUGUCAAUCUUGCUGCUGAUUCUCUGCACACUUGGUCUAGUUUAGAGAAGUGACCGCGCAGUCCAUUUAGUGUCACUUUUUCGGGUCCUGCUUGACCUUAGCUUUUUGUUCUCAGGAAUACGCAUCUCAGUCGCGCAUAUCGUGGAAGACCUUGAUUGCCAGGCACCUUCCUUCGUGGUGUUUGCAGUGUCAGGCGAUCCAUGUCUGAUAAAUCACUAAAUCCAGUGUCCAUCAGACCCGCUUAAUUAGCUGCAGUUAAACGAGAGGCCUAGUCAUGUGUGCAUGCUCCUCUGAUAAUCACCACACACCAUUUGUAAAGAGUCACGGAUAGUACACUUCUUGUAUUACCUUAUAGAGAACGUCGCGCGUUGGAGGAGCGAGAGCGUGAGCAGGAAGCUGCAAAGCAAAUGGAGGCUCGCGUUAAUGAGGCUUUUGAGGCUGCCCUUGUUGACAGAGCGGAUGACUUGCGCGCAGAAUUGGAGCGUCUGUACCAGGCUGAAAUAGAUAAAAAAGUUAAACAUCGUCUGGAGGAGAUCGAAAGAGAGAUUCAGCGUGCACAAGAAGAGAAAAGGCGAGUCGAGGUGCGUUCCAUCUUGACAUGCUAAAAAUUGCUUUGUUUCCACCACCGCCUGAAACCUGCGCUUGUCGAUUUCUUUUAAACUGUUACUUCGGAUUGUCAGAUGAUUUCCUUCCCAGAAGUUGCCUUCUAUGUGCUCAGAAUGUCCAUGUAAACAUAGGUGCAAGAUCACCAACUUGCCUUUGUCUUUUCACCCUUCACCCUUUUGCCCUUCAGGAGGAAGAAAGGCGUAAACAAGAAGAACUUGAGCGCAUUCUUGAAGAAAACAACCGGAAGCUUAUGGAAGCUCGCAAACGUGAGGCAAGUGCAGAUACCAACUAUCCUACCUGAUGAAAUUACAGAAGUUCGGGAACUCCAUUUGGUUUAUCUUGCCAAAAUUGAAUUCAGCUGCGAUGGCGAAGAUUAGGUCAUUCACCCGUGCAGAUAUUGUCUGAUUACCCUUGAACGUUUUCCGGGUCGAAUUCUGUAGUUCGCGCAAAAUUAAUGCUCGGAUAUUUAGAGCACUGACUUCAAGAAAUGCGGACAACCAGUACCACCAUCGAUGUUAUCAAGCCAGGUCUUAGAGUGUCCAUCUCAACUAUCUGGUCGGCAUGAAAAUUUCGCAAUUUGACAGUUCCACCGGCCUUUAACAUUUAUGAAGAAGCCAACUGAAUCCUCAGACCAGUACAGCCCUGAGUGACACUGUGCUUUCGAAAAGUUGUUUCCUCUAUGAUUCCAUAUUAGACCUUUGUAUAAGAAUUCGACCCGAGAGCUCGCAUUCUCUCAAUCCAUAGCUAACAUUGUCCAUAAUAAUAACGAAUGAUUAGUUUGGCUUAGCUACGGAUUGUUGUCUGACACUAUAAGGACAGGCCUAGUAACGUAAACCCCUCACGGGACGCCCUUAUAAUUUCUCAUGAUAUCUACCCUUGGCUGGCGACAUCCCCGUAUAAUCAAGUUCCCCGGUCAUAUUCUCUAAGUACUCUUCCUUGUUUGGCGAUUUUCUCCCGCGUCUUGUGCAUAUUACUAAAUUAUCUUAUUUUUUGGACGUUUCUCCACAGCUGUAUGUGAAGCUAGAAAUAUGUAUUCGGGCCUUAAGCGCCUAUUAAUAAGUAAUCAGUAAAUAUUGCCAGCGAACUAGAGAGGGAGUGGGGUAGUCCACCCUGGCUUAUUUGCCGCCUUCGUCUGGCCAUACCUUGAACUCACACUGGGGACACCCAAAGCCUGAUUUUUGCUUUCUCGUCGUCCUGCUUGGGCUCUAGAGCGAAACUCAAGAGCAAAAGGAUGCGUCGGCAAACGCCAUUGCCGUUUUGUUUUGUGCGUAUUUAAAAUUACUUUGAAGAAAGUUACUAAUGCAACUUGACGGCCAGUCUGAAAGCCUUUUCGGUAGAAAAAAUUCCGCUCAUUUUUAGGCUAAUGGUUUUGUUGCGCUCAUUUGGGUAUUGUCCAAGGUCUUCCUGACCCAUGUAAAGGUUAUCACUCGACUAUUUUAUCCGUUACGCACUGACUUGGUAACUGUUCCAUAACAACACACAUUGCCCCUUUCGGCGCGCAUUAUUUCCAAACGGAAGACUCACGAGAAUAUAACGAAUUUGCUUGGAAGUUUGCUGACCUUUGAAGUGGCGUUUAAGUUGCUGUCACUAUUGAUGUUAGAACUUUUUUGUUUGCAAAGCCGUUUGCGCAAGCCCGUCACUCCGCUUCGCUGUAUCCCACUGUCUGGCCUCCCAUUCUCACGUUCAGUCAUGGCCACUCGAGCGUGUACGACUAUUCCAGAACCUAGCGGGGGUCGUAAGAUCCCACUUGGGAAUACUGGGGUUGAGAGACUUUGACAUUCUCGUCAGAGGCAAUAGCUGCGAUUUAAACGCCGAUGACAUAUAUUAAUAGACUCGGACCUCAUUUUAUCUUAAUAUUCAUUCAGGGGUUCAUAUACUCACCCAGGUAUGCGUCCUGUAAUUCAUGAAAGUGGUAACGCCAUGUUGCUCCGGCUUGCCUGGAGUUUUACUCUCACGCAGGUACACCAAUAGUUUUACAAAACCACACGAAGUAGGAGUUGUUAGUCAUAACCUCUCUAAUACGUCAGUUAUGGUUGGGAGGUCCCUUGCUAUUUGGAUCUCGGUCUUCUUCGCUCUGCAAAUGGCAUCCGCAGGUUAGGCGGAAGCUGAUUGGUUGAAACUGGUGACAUGUGGUUCCCGUGAAUGUACGACUUUUGAGUAAAUUUUGAUGAUUUUGUCAAAUCUCUAGAAUGUCCCUGCCGUCGCUCACUUGUAAUUUUGGAGACAAAGAAUCGGUCCUUAUAAAUUCGACGAUAGUGGCUAACACUAUAUAGAUUCCACUUUAAAACUUGACGCGAGGUCUUUUUGCUUCAUUUUCCGCCAGUGUUCGCAGAGUGACUAUUCAUCUCAAAGCGACAAGCUUUGGUGGUCAGUUUCACAACAAAGGUGUCGGAUCUGUCACCGCAGUUCGGGACAUUUAGUUGUCUUUACGGCCACUUUCCGACGACCACUUUGCCAAUGUUGUGCUUGGUGACUGAACCAAGUAAGUGUGACAAGACGACCUGAUUCGAGACCAACAAACCGGUUGCCGUCCUCACAGCGAAUUCUAGCAGAAACGUUAUUCGGACGUGAUCGGCUUGUCACGUAAUUGCUAAUGUGUGCGUCCUAUGACAGGCAAAUAUGUAAGCUCAGUCGAAUUCUGAGAUUUUAGUGGGCUUUCCACCCGAUCUGCACAUUCGACUUUUUAAGAGAUGUAUGUAUCUAAUUUUGUUGUUUCCGAGUCAUCAGCCACGGUGCUGUCAUACCUACAUCUAUAGCACUAACCGUAGCCCUCUUGCACCGUCUAAUUCGGCGUGUAUUUUGUGUUCUCAUAACCCACUCCGUCCGCUGCCAUAAGUGUGGUCUGAGCCGGAGUUUCUUAGGUUACAUUUUCCGUUUUGAUUGGCUUCUCACAUACUAUAUUAAUGCAGAAUUAAUAUCAAGUGCGUUUUUUCCUUUUUCUGCUUUAGGAUGUUGCUUUCAAUAAUUCCAAAGUCUUCGAUUAA